AUGGGAAAUCCGCCGAGGUGCAAGGAGAAAAUAAGGGAAAUGCUUGCCAACAGCGAUGGUGGUGCUGUGAAGGGGGCACUGCUGGAGGUAAUCAAGGGAGCUACCUCCAUCGGUAUUAACACCUUUAUUGGGAUCGCAAAAGCACCACAAUUAAAGGCUCUAUUUGAGUGUGGAAAGCAGCUUCCAAGAGGCAUCAAUCGACUCUCCUCUCCUCUUGCAAGCUCCGCCAGUACUGACAGCAUUCCUUGCAUUUUAGCUCAACCCGGACUGGCGAUCAAAGUUAGAGCUCCUGGAGAAACGCAUUACAUCCACGUCAAUGCAUCAGUCCAACGUUUUGAACCCAUUUGCAUGUCUCCAAGUGUUUACUCCUCCUCCAAACGAGUCAGUACGAUUGAGGAACGGGAAGCAGUGGCCAAGUUGAAUUUGCGAAUGUCAACAAACAUUAAACCCGAGGUUGGAACGAAUCAUCUUGACUGA